AUGUCACACUAUCCAGCAUACAACGGCGGAGGCUACGGGGCGCCACCCCAGGCCCAGUAUCAACAGCAAGGCAACUAUUAUCCACCACAGCAACCUAACUACAACUAUCCCACCCACGGCCAGCAGAUUCCUCCACAAGGCUUCGCCUAUCAACAACCUCCCCCACAGCAACAAUUUAAUUAUGCUCAACAAGCCCCGCCUCAGCAACAGUUCUACAACCAAGCCCCCCCGGUAAAAUAUAGUAACCGACCUCCUUCUCAUGGCCAGUCAUCAACCCCAUACCGGCCUCCUCCACCUCCGACGGCGCCCCAGCACUUUGGCCAAGGAGCUCCGUCUGGGUACGAUUUCCGCUACUCGAAUUGUACCGGCCGACGCAAGGCAUUGCUUAUCGGUAUCAACUACUUUGGACAACGAGGGCAACUUCGAGGGUGCAUCAAUGAUGUCCGUAACAUGACGGCCUACCUGGUCGAGCACUUCGGCUACAGGAGAGAAGACAUGGUCAUCCUUACGGAUGAUCAGCAGAACCCCAUGAGCCAGCCCUCGAAGCAAAACAUCUUGCGUGCUAUGCACUGGCUUGUCAAGGGGGCCAUGCCCAAUGACUCUUUAUUCUUCCACUACUCUGGUCACGGAGGGCAGACCAAGGAUCUUGAUGGAGAUGAGCCUGAUGGGUUCGACGAAGUCAUCUACCCUGUUGAUUUCCGGCACAAUGGACACAUCACCGAUGACGAAAUGCACAGGAUCAUGGUCCGGCCGCUACAAGGUGGCGUAAGAUUAACGGCCAUUUUUGAUUCCUGCCAUUCCGGAACGGCUCUCGACUUGCCUUACAUAUACUCCACCCAGGGUAUCCUCAAGGAGCCCAAUCUGGCCAAGGAGGCUGGCCAAGGCCUUCUCGGUGUUCUUACGUCGUACACUCAGGGCGACUUUGGUGGUGUCGCAAGCAACAUCCUCGGCUUUAUCAAGAAGGCAACAAGCGGCGAGGAGGCUCACAACCGCGCUCUGGCUACCAAGACGUCUCCGGCUGAUGUGAUCAUGUUGUCUGGUAGCAAGGACGAUCAAACAUCCGCCGAUGCUACUAUUGCCUCUCAAGCAACAGGAGCCAUGUCGUGGGCCUUUGUGACUGCACUAAAGAAGAAUCCUCAGCAAAGCUAUGUACAACUUCUGAACAGCAUCCGGGACGAACUAUCGAAGAAAUACACACAGAAACCUCAGCUCUCUUGCAGUCACCCCUUGGGCAAGUACCAACUGAUUCUCUGUGGUGCACCAUCGUCCUAA